UCAGAAAGCAAAUAAUUCUUGAUUAUUGGAUUCCAACCAAAUAGGCUACUCCUCUGCGGUUUUAACAGUCUGAAGGGACAAUCGAGGCGAAUUCUUUCAACUGGUUAUUUUUACGAGAGGUAUGCCUCUUUGAGUGACUUUAAGCCCCACCUUCAUUCACGUUACUCACCUGUCUGCAUCUUUUCUUGAGAGACAUCGCGUGCAGGCGCAACAAAUGCGAACAUCAGUCACCGCGUUGCCAAACUCCCAAAGUUGUCAUAAAAGCGCACGUCCUCGCCCAAAAUGCGUUUCACACGUUUUCUAUGUGUCAUACUAUGGACUGCAGUCUACACAUGUCCGACUCCAAGUCAGGAUGCCAACAUCACUUCAGACGCCCUCCAGCUGCUGGACCAGGGACGCUGCCCCUUCAGAUCCAUCCUGCCGUCAGAUACAGCUGUGCAGGUACUGGUGUGGGUCUUUGUGGUGAUGACCGUCAUCUCACUUAUCGUCAAUGGCUGCACUCUGUUCAGUCUUGGCAGUUCAGAAGACCUAUCCUGGGAACCACGCUUUGCCUUGCUGAAGAACCUCAUAGUAAGUGACAUCCUACUCAUUGUAACCCAAGGUCCAACAGUGGCACACUGUCUGCUGCAGAAGACCACGCUGCCGUAUGGAGCUUGGUGUGUGACUCAGUUCUUCAUUAACACUGUUUGUGUUUUCUGCACUGUGCUUACCAUCACCUGCAUGGCUUUGGAGCGCUACCUAUAUGUAUGCCAGGCCAUCUACUACAUUAGUAUACUAACCACCAAGCGCCUUUACCUCAUAGUCGGUCUCACAUGGCUUAUUUCAAUAUGCUUAUCGGCAGUGAUCACAGGUUUGCUCAGUUUAGGGCACAAGAGCUCAUUAGUGGGGAAACCCAUUACGGGACUCCUUUGUGAGCCGGACACCUUAGAGGCCCACCUUGGCUUUCCACGAGGCUCUGCUGUGUUUCGAAAAGUAGUUGGGCUUUUGGUGACACUGCUUUGCGUCUUUUCCUACUCCUUCUCGUACCUGCGCAUGUAUCAGGAGGCACGCAAUGCCGUUCAGCCUUUCCAGCAGGUCAACAAGAGGGCACGCAAAACAGUGAUGUUCUACUGCUCCAUGCUGCUGCUUCAGCUGCUCCCCAUCUUUCUGAAGAUAGCCUCGGAUGCUCUGUGGGAACUCGUGGGCAACAUGGCAAUGAUCCGUUCGCUGGAUGACCCUGGAGACUGGAUGUCGGCAGGGAUCCUACACAUCAUGCUGCUGGUGAUGCUUCAGGUGCCUCCUUGCAUUAAUCCACUCAUCUAUGGUUUGCGCAACAGAGAGGUGAGGGAAGCUCUGCCCAGGCUGCUGUGCUGGAGGAGAAACAACCGUUAAGCGAGUUGAUUCAGGGAAUUUUCAGAAAUGCUUGUUAACUGAGAGGAUACCUAUGUGCAGCAGCCCUGGCUGAAGUGGAAAUAGCAUAGAUGUGUGUGUAAUGUGUAAGUCUGGAUCUCAUGGUUUAUUGUAAGAUUAUAAUAACGCACAAUAUAAAACUUUAAUGCAAGAUAUUUUAAAUGCAUAUCAGUAAAUCUGACUCUAAUGCAAUGUGCCUUUUGUUCACA